GAGGCUCUCGCUUCUUAUGCUGCGCCGUUGCCAGAUCCGCCAGUAAUGUUUGCGCCUUUGCCGUCUGUGUAGCAGGAAUUGUUCCGCAAAAAUCUGCAGCGCUCCGCGAAGGAAACUCAGCGUUUUUCAGCCGCAAAACUGCGGAAAUUCCGCGGAAAACUGUGGACCGGGUCGAGGGAAAGCGUAAAAACUAGAAAAAUGCGGGUGUCAGUCGGUUUUUUCUGAGAAAACUGUCGUUUUUUCGCGGUAGAGGAAGAAUAUAUCCGCAGUUAACUAUGACUGUGACGAUAACAAGAAGCUGUAAGAUAGAUAACGAGAUGGACAAUUCGGCUUAAUCCUGACGUCGUACCGCGAGAUGGCAUCUCUCCAAUGGGAGAAGCUGUCUCCUCAAGAAUUCCAACAGUUACAAGAUCUAGCCGAAUAUGCCAACAAGAAGUUGCAAGACGUAUUGGUGGAGUAUUGUGGAGUUGGACCUCACUACAAACACAAUCCAGAUGGGGAGAUCGAUCUGCAGGGCUUCUGCGAGUUCCUGGACACCUACCUGGAGAUGGAGACGCCCAGGGAGCUGUGCAAACACCUGUUCCUGUCAUUCGUUAGGAAGAGUGUCAAGGUGGAAGGUAAAGCCUUUAAGGAGAUGACAGUGCUGAGCUCGACAACUGCUUGCGCUCCCAUAACAUCGCAUAACAAAGGUUCGACGCCAAACGUCAACGCUUUGACAGAUCUGAGCAAUCUGACAGAGAAGCCGAAAUCUUUCGUGGAGCGGAUACAGGGUCUCGGAGAAUCGCUUCUAGGUCACCACAGAUCGGAUAGCGAUUGUUCUACCAGAGGCAAAUCAGGUACUGUCCAUCCCAUGUUGACCAUCACGCAUACGUCAUACUCCUGUCACGAAGUGGUGGGGAAGAAAAGCACAGACUCCAGUCCAUCUCAUAGUCAGAUCUCAAGGAACUCAUCGAAGAAGUCCAACAAUUCACUGUUAAUCAACAACGGAAAACUAGAAGAAGUAAGGCAUAUUGUGGAAAACUCCAUCGAUGUCAACUGUCUCAAAGUGUCACUAAAAGACAUAGUGUGUUAUCUGUCACUUUUAGAGGCCGGCAGACCCGAAGACAAGCUGGAAUUUAUGUUCCGACUGUACGACACUGACGGAAAUGGAUUUCUAGAUAAAAAUGAGGUGGACUGUAUAGUAAAUCAGAUGAUGACAGUGGCGGAGUACCUGGGAUGGGAUGUAUCCGAAUUGAAACCUAUUCUCCAAGACAUGAUGGUCGAAAUAGACUUCAACAAAGACGGCUUGGUGUCUCUAGAGGAGUGGAAAAGGGGUGGACUUACCACCAUCCCACUUCUAGUGCUUUUAGGUCUAGAUUCCAACGUCAAGGAAGACGGAAAGCAUCUGUGGAGACUAAAACAUUUCAGCAGACCGGCAUAUUGUAAUUUAUGCUUAAACAUGCUGGUAGGAUUAGGCAAAAAAGGGCUGUGCUGUACCUUUUGUAAGUACACCGUACAUGAAAGAUGUGUUGGUAGAGCGCCAGCUAGCUGUAUAGCGACAUAUGUCAAAAGUAAAAAGUCAUCCCAAACGUUACUACACCACUGGGUUGAAGGAAACUGUCACGGAAAAUGCGGCAGAUGUAGGAAACCAGUAAAGGCUGGAGUGACAGGACUACAUUGCAGAUGGUGUCAAAUAACUCUUCACAAUAAGUGCGUUUCCCAAGUUAAGGCUGAGUGCGGACUGGGAGAACACGCUGUACACAUACUACCACCCACAGCAAUCUGUCCUAUAGUUCUUGACAGACAGAGGUCACUGCAAAAACGAGGUUCGAGAUAUGGAGGGGAUAAUGUCAGUGUGACCUCGAUUACGACAAACCAAACCAAGCAACCGGCCAUGUCGUUUCAAAUCACCCCAUCGGCAAAUUCUGUACCCCUUCUUGUGUUUAUCAACCCUAAAUCUGGAGGUAGACAGGGACACAAAGUCCUGAGGAAGUUUCAGUACAUUUUAAACCCACGACAAGUGCAUAUAUUGGGUUCUAGCCAAGGCGGUCCAAUGCAAGGCUUGAACAUGUUCAAAGAUGUUCCUAAUUUUAAAGUGGUUUGUUGUGGAGGUGAUGGUACAGUGGGAUGGGUUCUAGAAUCCAUGGACAAGGUGGAGUUGGAGUGUCAACCUGGAGUAGCUGUGAUUCCCCUAGGUACAGGAAACGAUCUGGCAAGGUGUUUGAGGUGGGGAGGGGGUUACGAGGGGGAGUCCAUUCAUAAAGUGCUGCACAAGAUCGCCAGGGCGUCGACUGUAAUGAUGGACAGGUGGUCUAUAGAGCUAUUUGAUUCGGCCCAGCCUGAUCCUACGGUAAAAAUAGCGGACACAAGAAUACCGUACAACGUUAUUAAUAAUUAUUUUUCAAUUGGCGUGGACGCUGCCAUCUGCAACAAGUUCCACAUCGAGCGGCUCAAGAACCCCGACCGUUUCAACAGCCGCAUGAAGAACAAACUGUGGUACGUUGAAUUCGCCACAACGGAAACCCUUUUUGCCUCCUGCAAGAACCUGCACGAGUCCAUCGAGAUAGAAUGCGACGGUGUGGGCUUGGACCUGGCCAACGGCCUCCCUCUGCAGGGCAUCACGUUCUUGAACAUCCCCUACACGCACGGGGGGUCGAAUUUGUGGGGGGAACACUUGUCUGGGUCCAGAAGAAACAGAAGGAAAGGCAGGGAGAAGGAUAUUAGUACGAGUAGCUUCAAUUCGGUGGAUUUGAGUGUGGCAGUUCAAGAUAUAGGAGAUGGUCUUAUCGAGGUGAUAGGCUUGGACAACUGCCUGCACAUGGGUCAAGUCAGGAUAGGCAUCACCGCCAGCGGUAGGAGACUAGCCCAAUGCUCUUCAGUCACCAUCAAAACGAAGAAAACAUUUCCAAUGCAGAUCGAUGGUGAGCCUUGGAUGCAACCUCCUACCACGAUACGUAUCACCCACAAGAACCAAGUACCUAUGCUGAUGGCGCCGCCUCCCGAAAAGAAGAAAGGGUUCUUCCGGUUCUUCCGGCGGUAGGCCGGAAGUCCGGUGAUGACGAGGAAGUUCUUUAACUUCGAAACUUUUGCUCUAUGUACCUGCCAAUGUUCUGCGAUCUUUUUGCCUCUUUUUUUCGUUGACUGUGUUUAGUAACUGGAAAGUAUUUUAUAUAAUCCUGCUUAGAGAACGCGUCUUUUUUGUUUUAUUUUUAUAAACAAUCAGUAUUAUUAUUUAUUUUUGUUAUAUAGCGUAUUUUUCAGAGUUAUGAACAGGACAGAGAAAUUAUGUUUGUAUCUAUGUCCUUUUCUGUUCUGUUACAUAACUGAAGAGUGUAUGAUUGACGUUUUA